ACAAAUUGCCGGUCGCCCGUUUGAUCAAUACAAUAAUUGGAGGUGGGGUGACAUGUCACAAAUCCCUGCUAAUUGUUUUUGACAGUGAUACUGUGACAGGUGCUACUACAGUAGGCUGAGAUUUUUCUCUUCACUCUCAACUUCAUGGGCUGAAGGAAGGCUCAAAUGAAGGCGAGCUCAUGAAGGCGAGUCGUCCGACGAUCAUCGAGGUGCGCGGCUCCCGGCUCGGGCUGGACGUCAAGGGCUCUCGGCCGCGCUCCCGGCCCUCCUCUGCCCAGAUGUCGGAGGCCGGGCGCAGCGAGGAGCGUGCCGCGAGGUCGCGGCUCCAGUCGACCGCCGACGCCGCCCGCAAGGGGCGCACCACGCUGCUGAGCCGGCCGCGCAGCGCCGAGCGGCCGGCCGGCGGCGCCGGCUCGGUGCGCUCCGUCCGGCCGUGCUCGGCCGUGCCGCGCUCGGUGAAGACGGGCCCCAACAGCCGCCGGGCGCGCAGGCAGCCGCCGCCGGCGGGCCCCGUGCAGACGGUGGUGAAGCACGCGCCGUCGGCCGGCGGGGACAGCGGCGGCACGGCGCCGGCGCGCUCGGCGGACCCGAUCAGCUGCGGCUGCUCCUCCUCCUCACUGAGCCGCUGGACGAGCAGCGCCGGCACGGGUGCGCCCCGCCGGAAGGGCGUCACAUUCUCUGACACGCUGUCCACCGACACGGGACCAACGGACGGCGGCGGGGCGGCGGCCGCCGGCCCGACCCGAGCCGGCGCCGGCCGCGGGCUCCGGCUCCUCCGACACCUCACCGUCAGAGGUGGCGCGCCGGCGCGUGGCCGCCCGCCCGCUGCCGGCCGCCGCCCGCCACCGACGAGCUGACCCGCGAGCUGCUGGCGCGCGGUCAGCA